CAAUAUUUUUUCUUAGUUGUGCCCCUGUCGUUCGAUGAUGGGCAAACGAACUCACAUAAAAUCAGAAGAAUUUGCAUAGUAUUUUUUCAACCCAAAUUAUUCAUGAUUCAUCCCCUUUCAAAACAAAACCAAGUAGAUAUUAGGUAUAUUUACCAGACAAUCAUAAAUCUGCUUCAUUUAAACUUGAGAAAAUUAGUAAACGCCUUCAAUUUGAAAAAAAUAACAUCGAAACAAUCCGUCUACCAAAUUAAUUAUCUACAUGCCAUGACAGUAAUCUCUCUAAUACUCAUGUACUACAAGAUAAGCAAUAAAGUGCUAAAAGUGUAACAUUUCCAACAAGAUAAAAAGUACUUCUGUUUAUUUAUUCACACUUCAAUGUCGUGUACACAUUAUAACGUUCAGUACCUAAGCCAAUUCCAAUCCAAAAAUGAGAAAAUCGGCGGAAAAUCUCAACCAAGUGUUAUCACUCAUGACAGUGGCUUUCAACGAGUUAACAAUCGGUAUCGCAAAUGGCUGGGUGGCACCUACACUGAAUUCUCUACGCAGCCCUAAUGGCGAAUUCUACAUCACGAUGGAAGAAAGUUCUUGGAUAGCUUCAUUAGAAAAUAUGGGUACAAUACCAGGAGCUCUUCUGACAGCAUUCAUACUCGAUAUCGUCGGUAGGAAGAUUCUACUCACGUCUACCGCGUUCAUUUUUUUCCUAAUGUGGGCAGUUACCGUAUUCACAAAAUCAGUAUCAGUUCUUUGCCUGAUGAGAUUACUAUUUGGUAUCUUUGUGGGCAUCAACGAUGGAACAAAUGCUACUUAUUUGGCCGAAAAUAGUUCUCCUCAAAUUCGAGGGGUAUUUGGUGCAGUCAGCGUGACUCUUUACUAUACUGGAUUGUUGGCUGAAUUCAUCAUCGCUACAUACUUCUCGUACACCACUACUUUGAUUAUAAACACCAUCAUAACAUUUUUGGCAUUCUUAUCAGUGUUAUGGAUUAAGGAACCGGUUCAAUUCUUAUUAAUGAAAGGGAAAGAUACUCAAGCUGAAAGAAAUUUCGCCUGGUUGCACGGAGGAAGUGCAGAAGAUGAAAGAAUUAGAUCAGAAUUUGAAAGAAUCAAAUCAAACGUGCAAUCAGAAAAUUUGAAGAAAUCGUCUUUAAAGAAGGCGAUCACGUAUCCGGCCAAUUAUAAGAGUCUUUUCAUCGUAAUCACAAUUUACGGUUUAGUCGGACUUACAGGAUUUUUCCCAGUGAUGUCGUAUGCUUCUAUGGCCUUCGCAUCUUCAGAAAUCCUGACACCCAACGAGUUCACAAUAUUGUUCGGUAUCAGUCAAGCUUUAGUCGUGGUACCUAGUUCUUUACUCAUCGGACGAUUUAAUCGUCGAUCUAUUAUUUUAAUCUCAUUUUCGUUGAUUUCACUGAGCCAUGCAGUAUCUACUGGAUUAUACUACGUCAAUUCGCAUAUAGUCACGAUUCCAUAUUUUCCCUGGCUCAUCUUCAUGUCGAUUACAUUCUACGCCAGCGUAUUUGCUUUCGUAUAUCCGGCCAUUUUCGUGAUACGAGGAGAACUUUUCCCUUUGAGUGUGAAGGCUCCUGGAGGUUGUUUUUCGAUUAUUGCUUUCAACGCUACCAAUUUUUUGACCACAAAGGCGUUUCUUUAUAUUUCCUAUACCUGGGGUAUUGAAGCUAAUUUCCUUAUGUUUUGUUUGCUCACUUUGGCGACUGUAUUAUUCGUGUAUUUCUUUUUACCAGAGACUAAAAAUAAAUCGUUGAUUGAGAUACAAGAAAUGCUUGAGAAAACUAAGUAAGAUAGGUACCCAUGGUUUUUUAAUCUCAUCUGUUGAUCAAUUUAUUUGCUUAUUGUGCAUCAAGUUUUUGCAUCCCUGUGAUGAAAUUUUGAGUAGGAAAUAUUGUUGUUUUAUUAUCUUUGGAAUAAGAUGUAAGAAAAUAUGUUGAAAGAUAUUUUUAAAAUAGGUAAAUUACUCAAAUUUUA